AUGAUCUUAGGCGAGGUCUGGCCUAGUUACAUUUUUCAGCUCACAUGUCACGGUUUAGAAUACCGUAGCGCAAAAGUAUCAUUGGAUAGGUCUCUAUGGGGUGUCGCAGUGCGGUCUGAUGGACCAGUUCUGCCCAAGGAUAAUGGGUGGCCAAUAACUGGUGAUGAUAUUGAUGAUGACGAAUCAUUAAAAGAUAAAUGGAUUAACGUUAAAGCUCUUAUUCAAUCCAAUACUGAGGAUAAAAAAAUAAUUGAUGAUUUUAUAAAGCCAUUAGAAGAAAUUAACCAAAAAAAUAUUCAAAAAUAG